AUGUACCUGACCACUGUGCUGGGAAACCUGCUCAUCAUCCUGGCCGUCAGCUCAGACUCCCACCUCCACACCCCCAUGUACUUCUUCCUCUCCAACCUGUCCUUGGUAGACAUCUGUUUCACCUCCACUAUCAUCCCAAAGAUGCUAGUGAACAUCCAGACUCACAGCAAAGCCAUCACCUAUACAGGCUGCAUCAUCCAGAUGUAUUUUGUCACAAUGUUUGGAGGAUGGGACAAUUGUCUUCUAACUGUGAUGGCCUAUGACCGGUAUGUGGCCAUCUGUCAACCCCUGCAGUACAUGGUCAUCAUGAACCCCCAAUUCUGUGGACUUCUGCUUUUGCUUUCAUGGAUCAUAAUUGUCUCCUUAUUUUAUGGUACAGUCCUAGGCGUGUACCUCAGCUCUGCCAGUACCCACGGUUCACAAUCAAGUGCAGUCACCUCAGUAAUGUACACUGUGGUCGCACCCAUGCUGAACCCCUUCAUCUACAGUCUCAGGAACAGAGACAUAAAGGGGGCUCUGAAAAAAGUUGGGGGGAUGGCAAGUACAGAGAAGAAAAUUUUGCUCAGGCUCACAACGUGA